UGUAUGUUUCAAGGAACAUAUUUUUGGUAUUUAAAACUACAUGACGUUUUUAUCUCGUGUUUAUUUUGUCUAACGCUUCGGUGAUUGCGGUCGUUUUGCUCCCGCGCAUGCGCAGUUGUAGACAAGCACACACGGCUGCCGGCGUCACCGGAAGAACAUAAUUAUAGGAAGGUUUCCUCAGAUCUUUAUUAUUACUCGGGUUUAAUUCGAUCUAGGUAAAUUGUAGUUGUAUUUGAGGAGAACUGGGAGUUGGUGACAGCAGGUAAUGAUCACGUGAUGACUUCCAGUGGAAUAAGAAAGUGGUCUGUAGCAGACUGACUGGAUAUUAUUAUUCUUUUAGUUCGCAAAACUAAGGUAGAGGAUGACAUCAAAACCAUCAAUUGGACAUUUUCAACAUUUCCUGCUGCCCCUUAUUCUUCUAGAAUUAACAGAACUUCGUAUAUUUUGUUCCUCUCUUCUUCAAAAGGUAAAAGAUGGCAGCUAAACCUUCAAUCGGACCUUUUCAGCAUCUCCUGCUGCCACUCUUUCUGCUUUUUUGUUUUGGAGGAGUAUUCUACACUUACUACAACCACACUUUAAACCUGUCACGAUUCUCUGAUGUUCCAGUCUCCACACAUGAAGUCUGCUCAGAUAAAUGCCUCAGUGUUUUCCAAGAGAUAUUUAUCAAAAAUGUAACGAACAGCAGCACUCUUAACAACAGCUUGGUAAAGCAACUGCCAGCAAUCACCAAACCAGAUGUCACAGACAAAAAUAAGGAAAAUCAUGACCGUGACACGGUCAUAUUAAUCUGGUCAUGGCCUUUUGGUUUUAUAUUUAAAGCGGAAUCCUGUAGUCCACAGUUUGGUAUUAAAGGUUGUCACUUUACAGAUGACAGAAGCCAAUAUCACAAAGCCCAUGGUGUUAUGUUUCAUCACAAAGACAUUGGUGAUGAUUUACCAAAUCUGCUAAACAUGCCACGACCACAUCAUCAGAGGUGGGUGUGGAUGAACAUGGAGUCUCCUGAUAAUUCCCAAAGAUGGGCUGGGCUAGAUGGUUUAUUCAAUCUGACUGCAAAUUAUCAGAGAGAUUCAGAUGUCUGGGUGCCUUAUGGAAGAAUCAGAGAAGCAUCUGAGCAGGACAAACCCUUUGAAAUACCACCAAAGGACAAAUUAGUCUGCUGGAUUGUCAGUAACUGGAACCCCAACUUUAGGAGAGUUAAAUAUUUUAAUGAACUGAGCAAACACAUCAACAUAGAGGCUUACGGUAGACACUUCAACAGGUAUUUUAGUGAUGACGAUUAUGUAGCUACCUUGUCUAGCUGUAAAUUCUACUUAUCAUUCGAGAACUCCAAUCACAAAGACUACUUCACAGAAAAGCUGUUUAACCCCAUGAAAUUCGGUACGGUUCCUGUGGUUCUCGGUCCACCCAGGGAGAACUAUGAGGAAUUCAUUCCAGCAGAGUCAUUCAUUCACGUGGACGAUUUCAAAUCCCCUCAAGAACUGGCAGAACAUCUCACACUUCUGGACCAGAACCAGGAAGCUUAUGAACAGUACUUCACCUGGAGACAACACUUCACCGCUGAAGGUUUAAUUUUUGGUCUAGAACACGCUUGUCAUAUUUGUGAUCAUGUAAGGAAACAGAAGGGCUACAGAGUGGUUACAAGUCUCAGUAAAUGGUACUGGGGCUAGCUAGCAUUUUAUUUUACAAGCAUAUGUAGACUGUUACAUUGGAAACCAUUUUAAUACUAAACCAUGCCUCUACCUGCUACAUUAUUCCAAUUAAGGAUAAAUUCCUAGGUCAUAAGAAUUACUCAUUUAUUUGCUUUGUCAUGGAAAGCAUUAUUGAAUAUUAUAUUUCAUGCAUAUAAAGAGUUGGGUGACUAAUAACCAGGCUGUGGAGGUCCUGUUAUUAUCAAUUAUAGAAAAUUUCAUUUAUAUUGCAUCUUCUAACACUCUUUUUGCAACUGACACAAUGUGAAACUAGACUAAAGAAAUAUGAAAGAUUCGGGAUAAAAUGUAUUUUCAUUUUAAGAUUUGUCUGAAACUAGAGACGGAAUGUCCCUCCUAAAGUAAAGCUUUGUAAGUGAGAGGGAUUUGACUCUGAAACGGGAACCAGUGUGACUGUUGUGUGCUACAUGUUUGGCAUGAGUAAGGACUCGUGCAGCUGAACCUUGAACAUGGUGGUGUCUAUUUAGGGUUUUACUAAAAAUUCUAAACAAGAGAAUUCUAACCAUGUCCUUGUGAAAGCAUGAAUCAUGAUCACAGCAUCUUUUAAACUGAACAAAACACACAUCAUAAAAAAAGCGUUUUUGGUCAGUGACUGAAAGUAAAUGGUCUGCACUUAUACAGCACCUUUUAACCUUAGCGGUUCUACAAGGAGCUUUCCACCGUUUCUCAUUCAUUCACUCACACUCACACACACACACAUAUGAAGUAAUGUGCUAGCCUGCCAUUGGGAGCUGCUUGGGGUUUAGUAUCUUGCCCAAGGGCACUUCGGCACACAGAGGAAUGUGGGCCGGGACUCGAACCACCAACCCUACGAUUAGUGGUCAACCUGCCCUACCGCCUGAACCACAGCCGCCCCAAAGUGGGAGUCAAAGGAGUGUGUGUAAUCAAAAAUUAGCUUAAGGGUUUAGAAUACUGAUCAGAAGGUGGGGGGUUCAAGCCCCAGCACUGCCAAGCUACCACUAUUGGGCACUUGAGCAAGGCCCUUAACCCUCUCUACUGCAAGCUGUGACAUGCAAAGAAAAGAAUCUCACUGUGCUGUAAUGUACAUGUAACGAAUAAAGACAUUCUUCUUUCCUCCUCUUCUAUACUGUGUCUCUCUGUGAUAAUUUUGCUAAAGUAUAAUGGUGAGUGACAUGGCCUUCAAAAAAACUAUUACUACUACUACUGCGGCUGCCUGGCUUAUAACCAUCAUGUCUGACAUGCUUGCCAUGUCAUAGUAAACAAUCAUGACACAAAAGGGCUUUCUGAGUGAUCGUGUUCAUGCCUAGCCUUUGAGCUAAACAAAUUACACAGAACGAUGAUUGUUAAUUGCUUUAAGUACUCAAGUACGUAAUUCUUUUAUAACUUAAAUGUCGGAGCAAUGUGUCAGCCUGAAUUGUCUCACUUAUCUGGAACAUGUACUUAAGUGUGACAAAGAUGCUAUCUUUAUAAAGUAAAAGCUAUUAUUAUCUUUGAAUGAAUAAUGAUUUAUUCCUACUCUUCAGUGUAGAGAAGCAGUUCACCUUCGGGUUAAUCUUACUACAAGCUCUUCUUUAAGACUAAACAAUAACUGUUAGUAUUUUUCAAUUCAUAAUACUUGUAUAGUGAAUUUGACAGUACACAUUGUCACACAACAGAUUGUACAGAAAACCUGCAUGUAGAUUUAGGUCUGUAAUGAACAGUAACAGGUGACGGUGGUGAGAAAAAACCCUUAUCUCAGUUUCUCUUCUCUCAAGUCUGUGGUUUGUUUGUUGAUGACUUUUGUAAGCAGGACCGCUUAAAACAGUCUUCAACAAACAAACCACAGAAUGUUUCAUGAGUUAUAUUCAUUGCUAAUGAUGAAACAUAGUCAUAUAGCUUUCCUGUGCUUCCUUCUCGGACACACACGGUACUGUAUAAAAGUACUAGACACUGUCAUAAUCAACAGAACACAGGCUAAAGGUGCAUGUUUUUAUUACUGGUGUGUCUAACUGCUUAUUCAAUCGCUAACUGCUUAUUCAAUAAUAUUCAGAAAGAGAGAGAGAGAGAGAGAGAGAGAGAGAGAGAGAGAUCACAUAAAUAUAUGUGUAUAAAAAGGACUCAGGUUUUAGAUUUUUAUUUUACAUAUCUAUUUUACAGCAUUGUGUCCGUAGAAAUUUAUUUAUUUAUAGAUAUUUAUUUUACACAAUUAUGAUGAAUUAUGAGUUCUUUUAAUAGUUAUUUGACCAUUUACUUUUGAAUAUAGUAAUUAUAGAUAAAUAAUAAAACAACAGCACCAUUGUUUUGGUGAGCACAGUCAAGUCAACUUUUAAAUUUAAAUUUACAUGCAUGCACUACAGUCUUUCUCUUAUGCCGGCUAGAAUUGUGACCCAAACAAGUAAAGCUUUAUUUAUAUAGCACCUUUCAAAACAAUGCUUACAAAGUGCUUUAAGAAUACAUACACAAUAGAUACAAGAAAAUAAAAUCAGUAGUAAGAAUAAAUAAAAAAUAAGCAAUAAAAGACAAUAAGCAAAAAUAAAUUUUAAAAAACUAAGGAAAUAAAAUAGAAUAAGUAAAAGAAUACAAAUAAAGUCAAGUAUGGAAAGUUAACUGGCUUGAGGAAAAGCCCCAGAGAAUAAACGCGCUUUGAGAGACUUUGUAAAGUGGUAAUUGAAUGAACUGCAUGUAAGUGGCCAGGGAGAGAGGUCCACAGUUUAGGCCCGACUCCCAAAGACCGACUCCCGAGUUUCAGCUGCAUUCUGGGUAAAACCCGUUGCAGUGCAGGUUGGUGCAGGUUGCAGUUAGAUGACCUAAGUGAUGUAGCAGACGAUUUUUAGUGAUCAUAUUACAAAGGUAUGUAGGAGCACUACAGUGAAGACAUUUAAAAAUCAUUAACGGCAUUUUGAAAUCACAAGUAGUCAGUGAAAUGAUGUAAGUGCCGGACUGAGCUGAUUCUUCGGUCUAGUUCAUGUCUGCAUCCGUGCAGCUGCAUCCUGAAUUCUUUGUAAGUGUGUAAUGGAGAUCUUUGGUAAUGCACCAAAACACUGUAGCAGUAGUCGAGUCUGUGGGGGAGACGACAACACCUGCUUAGAGAUGUUGAUACGAAGGUGAUAAUAAGCUCUUUUACAAACAUUGCUAAUAUGUUGUGUUAAACCGAGAUCACUGUCAAACACGAUCCCUAAAUUCUUAACACAGUCAUUAGUCAAUUACGGCAUAAUUAACGUUCUCUGUGCAUCAUUUCCGAUAAUAAGUACCUCUGUCUUAUCUUUAUUUAGCUGCAGUGUCAUGAUUCCCCUUGAAGCAGUGUGCCCUAAGCGCGGAUGCGCGGGCGCCUGCUGUUCCAUUGUUGUCAGUAGUGACAUCUGGACAUGUGUGUGUUGUUUAUGUUUCGGUCAUGUCUCCUCCCUGUUCUGUCAUUGGCUGGGAUUUCACGUGUGUCUGUAUUGCCCUCAGCUGCUAGCGGUUUAGACGCUGAUCAUGUCCGCAUAUAUACCGCGCGCCUCCCAGCACACGACGCGGAAGAUUAUCGUAGAGUUAGAUUAGUUCGUAUGGCAGUCACAGUCCCAGUGCCAGUCACAGUCCCAGUCACAGUCACAGUCCCAGUCACAGUCACAGUCCCAGUCACAGUCACAGUCCCAGUCACAGUCCCAGUCACAGUCACAGUCACAGUCCCAGUCCCAGUCACAGUCACAGUCCCAGUCACAGUCACAGUCCCAGUCACAGUCACAGUCACGGUCCAUGUUUAGAGUUAGUUGACGCUGGAUUAUCCGCUCCCAGUUCCUCGUCAUAGUUCAUGUUUCUCGUCUAGUGACCCUGUUUUCCGUGACCACGACCUUGGUUCAUGUUGAACCCUGUGUAUGCCUGUUUGCCGAUCGCCUGACCUUCGCCUGUUUUGGAUUUGUCUGCCUGUCUCUCUUUUAAAAUAAACACUGUUCAUACUGCACUUGCAUCCGUCCUAUCUCCGCUCCGUCACGAUACGUGACAUGCAGAAAGUUCUGUAACAUCCACAAGUUUAUGCAGUUUACAGGGGCACUAGUCGACCCAAAAUUGAGCCUUGGGGAACACCACAAGAUAUCGAAUGACAUCUGGAGCUGUGUGUACACAGUCCAACUUAAUAUUCCCUGACACUUAAGUAGGAUCUAAACCAAUCUAGGACUAGUCCUGAUAAGCCAACCAGUUUUGCAGUCGAUCUAAAAGGAUUUCAUGGUCGACUGUGUCAAAGGCGGAGAUCUAAAAAAAACAACAACCUAGAAUUGACAGAUUACAUGAGUCCUUAUUUUGUUGCAGAUCAUUUAAAACUUUAAGAAGAUCAGUUUCUGUGCUACAGUUGGACCAAAGGCCAGACUGAAAUAUCUCAUUAAGAUUAUUGAUGUUGAGAUAGAUAUUGAGCUGUAUGGACACAACUUUUUCAAUUAUUUUGCCGAGAAAUGGAAGAUUAUAGAUAGGGCUGUAGUUACAGAGCACGGAAGAAUCAAGAUUGUUUCUCUUCAGCAGAGACCUAACAAUAGCUGUUUAAAGGUGUGUGGAAAAAUUCCAUCCAUCCAUCCAUAUAUUGGCACCCUGUCCAGGGUGUACCCCGCCUUGUGCCCGAUGCUUCCUGGGAUAGGCUCCAAGUUCCCCGUGACCCUGAAGAAGGAUAAGCGGUAUAGAAGAUGAAUGGAUGGAAAAAUUCCUGUCAAAAUUAUUUCCUGUCAAAAAUUAUUAUUAUUUGUGUAGUUUUGUAUAUUACUUGACAGCGGUUAUAAAAAUAUAAACUUAAUUAAGACCACAUUCUUGCCUUGAUACCUUCAUCUUCAUCUUGAAUCAGGAGUACACUUUGUUAUUAUACAUUUUAAAUUAUUGUAUUUUGUAAUGUUGAAUGUUUUAAUAAACAAAAUAAAACGUCCUCAAACUGUUUUUCUUCCUACAGUGCCAAGAAAUCAGAAACUAAAACCUUGAGUAUGUGGAUAAAAAGAACAAACUCUGCAUCACAUACAGGGUCACUGCAACCUCAAAAAUAUAAUAGAGACUAAAUCCUGAGAUAAAUAAGUGUGCAGAUGAUCAACAAGUGCAAACUGAAGUCAAAACAAAAAUCUAAUGUAAAAA